AUGCUGCAUGGUUGGGGGUGGGCGGGCUCAGGGCGACUCCAUCUCAGGCCUGACAGGCCCUCCUCUCUGACCCCAGAUACGGCUGUCAUCAGCCCCCAGGACCCAACGCUCCUCAUCGGCUCCUCCCUGCAGGCCACGUGCUCAGUGCAUGGGGACCCGCCAGGGGCCACAGCUGAGGGCCUCUACUGGACCCUGAACGGGCGCCGCCUAGCCCCCGAGCUGUCCCGGGUGCUCAACGCCUCCACCCUGGCCCUCGCCCUGGCCAACCUCAACGGAUCCAGGCAGCAGUCUGGCGACAACCUUGUGUGCCACGCUCGUGACGGCAGCAUCCUGGCCGGCUCCUGCCUCUAUGUUGGCUUGCCCCCAGAGAAACCUUUCAACAUCAGUUGCUGGUCCAAGAACAUGAAGGACCUGACAUGCCGUUGGACGCCGGGGGCCCAUGGGGAAACCUUCCUCCACACCAACUACUCCCUCAAGUACAAGCUGAGGUGGUACGGGCAGGACAACACGUGUGAGGAGUACCACACGGUAGGGCCGCAUUCCUGCCACAUCCCCAAGGACCUGGCUCUCUUUACGCCCUACGAGAUCUGGGUAGAGGCCACCAACCGGCUGGGCUCGGCCCGCUCCGAUGUGCUCACGCUGGACAUCCUGGAUGUGGUGACCACCGAUCCCCCACCUGAUGUGCACGUGAGCCGAGUUGGGGGCCUGGAGGACCAGCUGAGUGUGCGCUGGGUUUCCCCACCGGCCCUCAAGGACUUCCUCUUCCAAGCCUCUGUGGUGGACGAUGUCAGCAACCAGACCUCCUGCCGCCUGGCCGGCCUGAAGCCAGGCACAGUCUAUUUCGUGCAAGUGCGUUGCAAUCCCUUUGGCAUCUACGGCUCCAAGAAAGCAGGGAUCUGGAGCGAGUGGAGCCACCCCACGGCCGCCUCCACCCCUCGCAGUGAGCGCCCGGGCCCGGGCGGCGGGGCGUGCGAGCCGCGGGGUGGCGAGCCGAGCUCGGGGCCGGUGCGCCGCGAGCUCAAGCAGUUCCUGGGCUGGCUCAAGAAGCACGCGUACUGCUCGAACCUGAGCUUCCGCCUCUACGACCAGUGGCGAGCCUGGAUGCAGAAGACACACAAGACUCGCAACCAGGACGAGGGGAUCCUGCCCUCGGGCAGACGGGGCACGACGAGAGGUCCUGCCAGAUAAGCUCUAGGGACUGGGGCCACCCUCCCUGCUGCGUGGAGACCCGGGGGCCGCACCCAGACUGGGGGCUAACUCUGUACCCUCACCUCAGGGCACCCAAGCACCCUCGGCAGGAGCUGGGAUGGGUAUUCUGAGGGUAACAACAUCUUUGGCCUCCACGUGAGGCCACUCUUGGGUGCAACUCCAGUGGGGGUGUGUGUGAGGGUUGGCUAGGCUGCCCAGAACCCCUGCCAGGGCUGGGGGUGAAGAGGGGUCAUUACUCCCCCUGCCCCAUCCAGGACCCCUGCAAAGAGUCUUUUUAAAUAAACAAGCUAUUUAGGU